AUGCUGGGGCGAACACUCCGGAGGUACAGCUCGCUGAAGAGCCUCCCGAAGGAAAUCCUGAACCAACCAAUCACACGCGUGACCGAGUUGCCCAACAAGCUGAAAAUAGCCACCGUGAAGAGCACGUGUGAAGUUCCUACCAUAGGCAUCUGGAUCAGUAGUGGCAGUAAGUAUGAGAACAAACACAACAAUGGGGUAGCUCACUUUCUGGAACACAUGAUAUUUAAAGGGACAAACAAAAGAAACCGAAUCCAACUAGAGAAGGAAAUUGAAAACAUGGGAGCACAUCUAAAUGCAUAUACAGCUAGAGAACAGACCAGUUACUACUGUCGGUGCUUUAAGGACGACAUAAAGUGGUGCAUAGAGCUGUUAAGUGACAUCCUAUCGAACAGUAUUUUCGAUGAGAACCUUAUUAACAUGGAAAAGCAUGUCAUCCUUAGAGAGAUGGAAGAAGUGGAAAAGUCCAAGGAUGAAGUCAUUUUCGACAAGCUACACAUGACCGCCUUUCGGGAUCACCCCCUAGGGUACACAAUUCUCGGACCAGUAGAAAAUAUAAAAAAUAUGAAUCGACAGAGCAUCAUAAAUUACAUCAAUACGAACUACACGUCUGACAGGAUGGUUCUCUGUGCAGUGGGUGACGUGGAGCAUGAACAGGUUGUAAAAUUGGCUGAGCAGCAUUUCAGCCAUUUAAAGCCUCAAUCUACUAACGUAGGUUCUACAUCUAAUAUAGAUAAUGUAAAACCGUACUUUUGUGGGUCCGAAAUUAUCAUGAGAGAUGACGAUUCAGGACCUAGUGCACAUGUAGCUGUAGCCUUCGAAGGAGUGGACUGGAAGUCUCCCGAUUCCAUCACCUUCAUGUUAAUGCAGUGCAUCAUUGGUACUUACAAAAAAAGUGAAGAAGGUAUCCUCCCGGGAAAACUUUCGGCCAACAGAACCGUCAACAAUAUUUGCAACAAAAUGACCAUCGGUUGUGCAGACUAUUUUUCUGCAUUCAACACCUGCUACAACAAUACGGGAUUGUUUGGGUUCUAUGUACAAUGUGAUGAGCUAGCUGUAGAACAUGCUUUGGGAGAACUCAUGUUUGGAGUUACUUCCCUCAGUUAUAGCAUAACAGAUGAAGAAGUCGAACUAGCCAAAAUACAACUAAAGACGCAACUCAUUAAUAUGUUCGAAUCGUCAUCCACCCUGGCAGAAGAAGUGUCCAGGCAGAUUCUCGUAUACGGAAGAAACAUCCCCCUAGCAGAGUUCCUACUCAGGUUAGACAAAAUCGACACGGAAGAAGUGAAACGCGUUGCUUGGAAACAUCUGCAUGACAGGGAGAUAGCCGUUGCCGCCAUGGGCGCACUGCACGGCAUGCCCCAAUACUACGACCUCAGGCAGAAGACCUUCUGGCUGAGGUACUAG